GAGAGAAACCAUGAAAUUGUUACUUAAACUGAGUAAAAGCUUUUAGAACAUAUUGGCUGUGCUCAUUACAAUAAUGAACAAGCUAUCAAUCAGCGGAUUCCAGUCACAGCAGUGCGAACAUGUCGGGACAUGCCUUGUUUGUCACCGCGCGCAGCGCACUGUAGCGCACGGGGCAAAUGUGCAGUGCCAGUCAACAACAUCAACCACAAGAUAAACUGGACCGAAUUUACCCAAAGCCACAGGAGACGGUUACUUUAAUGGGACUGAGAAUUAAGUGACUGCUGCGCUAAUAUAUGGAAUGGAUUGCUCGAUAGACGAGUAUUAUCACAACGGACAAUGUCACAAGUGCCCACAGUGUCCACCCGGCCAAGAACUGAAAGAGGACUGUGGUUAUGGUGUAGGUGUGUCGGCAGUGUGUGGAGUGUGUGAUGUUCGGUGGUUUAAGGAAGACUCGGGUUCUCAACCUUGCGCACUGUGCCAGAACUGCCGCAGACUCAACAGACACCAAAUCAAGCACUGCACACACACAGACAAUGCAGUCUGCGGAAACUGCCUCCCUGGUUUCUACAGCAAAAUGCGAUUGGACGGAUUAGAAGAUUUGGAAUGCCUUCCAUGUGGCCCCGCCCCUUUCAGAAACAUACAGUGUACCCGAGGAGAAGGGAUUGGUGUGACAAAAGUCCAGACCUCAGCACCUCCUAUCCAAAAUACUUCUUCUAUAGUGACAGCUUGUGCAGCAACAGCUGUAUUAACAGCCGUCCUGUUUGCCAUUGUGUGUGUCACCUACCAGACACGGUCUUCACUCAGGAAAACAUGCAAACGUUGUUUAUCACCGGUAAGCAACAGUCACCACGACAGUGAUACAGCCUCGGUUCCUAUGACAACCCUACACACAAUGAUGAAGAACACAGACGUGGACAGAUCAAAUACAUGCCUGCCACUGAAGGACCCCUGUAUGUUUGAUGACAUCACCACCACGAUGACCUCUGAUCUUGGCCUGCAUGGAUGUGAGGUUCUUCCUCUGGUGCGAAGCUCGGCCUGCACUGAUCCUGCAACGGGAGUCAUCACGCAACCAACAGAAACACCUGAUGUUUCUUCUUCAGAAUCUGUUCUCUCCAACAAUCAUGCCAUUCUCACUCUGGUAGGAGGACAGUUUACAGUGAGGCCCUGCUGUGCCGUAGAGCAGCGGACAGCCUGGGGCCUUCAUGCUCCAGUAGAGUGCACUGAACUGGACCUUCAGCACCUCUCCAUCACCCCAGAGAUCGAGACAUUUAGGACUUCAGACAUCAUAUCCAGAAAUAUCCCAGCGUGUAUGGGCUCAGACUCCACUCUGCCCUCAGGCCUGAUGCUGCGAGACCUGGAGAGAGAAAGAAGGGAAGGCGGAAAAGGACAUUUGUUAAUGUGAAGAGAGAUCACAGCUGGUAAUUAUAACAUACACUCUUAAUACAAACUUAUGUAAAGAAUUUCACCAGUGAAUGCCAAGUAGUGUGUUACAACCUGUAUGACUCAAUUAAUGACAGUUAAUGUAGAUGUCUGAGGUUUCUGUGAUGUGAGAAACAGGUACUUAGGCAGAAAAGAGCAUUAGCAGGAGACAAAAAUUAUCUUCAUUUACCUAUCGUUUUGCUUCAGUUAUCAGAAGUCACACAUUCGAUACAUUGAUUAAGUAUAUACUGUAAGUCAAUGUAAUGGAAGUAUUGUGACGUACAUCUGAGUGAAAUUAAUUAUCGAAAAAGAAAAAAUGUAGAGCGGGAUUUGGUUUUUUUUUAUUUUAAUUUUUUAUUUAAUGAAAAUAUAACAGAUGGAACAACAUGAGGGUAAAUGGUGAAAAUUCUCAGUUUUGGGUGAAUUACACUACAGUUCAAAAGUUUGGGGUUAGUAAGAUUUUUUAAUACUUUUAUUCAGCAAGGAUAGUAAAGACAUUUAUGUUGUUACAAAAAUUCUCUUUAUCAAAGAAUCAGGGGAAAAAAUUUAACAUUCAACAUGGAUAAUAGUAAUAAAUGUUUCUUGAGCAUCAAAUCAGCAUAUUUGAAUGAUUUCUGAAGGAUCAUGUGACAUUGAAGAAUGGAGUAAUGAUGCUGACAAUUCAUAAAUAAAUGAAAAAUAUUGUUUUUAAAUUUUUAAAUUGUAAUAUUUUCUCACAAUAUUACAGUUUUGACUGUAUUUUUGAUCAAAUAAAUUCAGCCUUGGUGAGCAUAAGAGACUUCUUUCAAAAACAUUCCAAAAAAAUCAUACCGACCCCAAACUUUUGAAUGGUAGUGCAUUCCUUUAAAAAAAUAUCUCUGUUCAAUAUAAGCUCACUGCUUCUGUUUUCAGUAAAAGCCCAGGAAAUGGAUCAUUACCUCCUGAAGCUGAAAACUACUGACAGCUGGCACUGCACCUCAGUGAUGCAGGUCAUGUUCUGCAUUGGGCUUAACAUGUUUACCACUUCAUGUGCGCAGUUAACCAGACCUGCUAUAAAAGUCUUUAUAAAUCCAAGAGACUUUACUCUUUGCUAAUCACUGGAUUUAUAUCUAACACUACAAUAUUACUGAUGACAGCCUCAUAAUACCUGAUUUACUGUUUAUUUGCUGAAACAUUUUCCAGUUUUGGACUAAGGGGUAGUAUGCUGCCAAAGCAAACCAACUGACUUAUGCCUAAACCGUGUCACAUUACUAUGCCUCGGCACUGCAUAACUACUAAAAACCAGCAAAACAUAAAAAACUUUUAAUUUAUUGUACACUGACAAGCCUGUGUGAAAAUUAUGCAGGGCAAAGAAAUUCUGGUCAUCACAUGUUGUUGUGUGAUCCUACCUUAAGCUUUAGGUUUUAGAUAUGGCUAAAUGGAUUAGCAAAAUUAACUAGCAAAUAAAAUGGAUCAUGUCACAACAUGCAAUAUAGCGAUAUGGCUUGAGAUAAAGCUUGACCUCAACGUUUGCGCUCCUCACAUUCCCUGGUAAUGUGUUUCAGCUUGAUCAGUAAGUUGUUUUCAGUUGCCUUAAAUUAAGAACAACGUGAUAUUUUUUAAACUCUUUGUUGAGACAGACAAAUGCAUAUCUUCAGCACUGUCACAUCAUCUCUAACCUGGUAUAACUGCAGGAAAACUCCUGAAUAGUUAGAACGCCAAUCAAUUUCCCACUUUUUUUUUUAAAUUUCAAAACAGUGCAAAAGUGCAGCUAAUUUCUUUUGUCAUGAUUUUGUAUAUAGUUAUACAAAAUAUUCUGUAUAUAGUUAUCCAAUAACUAAGUUACACAAAUUCAUCCCUUACAAGUACAUAACCACCAACAAAUCUUCUCAAUACUCCUGAAAACAUAAUUUGGUAACACUUUAAAAUACUGUUCCAUCAUUAAUGAAUAACUGCACAGGAACAAAUGAGUAGCACAAUAUUAACAUUCUAGUAACUACUAUUAACUAACAUGAAACUCUGAUUAAUGAAUUAGUAAGUAAUAAUGCUCAGUUGAAUGAGGUAGUUUACUAUUAGUUAAUCAAUAACUACUAUUUUCUUUCAUACCUCCCAGAGAACUACUAAGAACUACUAAAGGUUCAUAAUUAAUGAGUAACGCACAAUAUAUAAUUAAUUAAGUAAAGAUCAUGGUAACCAAUAGUGGUUAAACGGAUCAUUGUUGAUCCGUGAACCGUACAGACCAAGCCCCACGGUUCGGCACGCAUGUGAUUCGCGGAUCAAUUGCAAGUUUACCUGCAAUAGAGUGAAAGGUUAUCAUUUGCACGUGUUUUGUCUUGCUAGUUUACACAUUAAAUAGAUAUAAAACCAUUCCAGCGCUAGAAGAGGCAAAAGAGGAUUUAAUUCGGUAGGCUAUCGCACGCCAUGCUGUUAUCGGUGCACACAUACACAGAGAGAGAGGUGCGUUUCAGAUAGCUUGCGAAUUCCAAAUUGAUUUCUCUUUCACGUCCUCAAUGCACUUGGAUGGACACAUACACGCAUUAUGUCAGUCAAAAUACCCCUCUCGGCAAGUAUUCUCGUAAACACAUUCGGUUAUGUCUUAAGUGAAUUCGGAUGUGUAUCUAUCGGAUGUGUGCGUGCAUGGGGUCUUACUCUUAAAGUGACAGCAACCUAUAAAUACCUGCUGUUGUCUGUCAUGUAAAUCAAACAACAAAACACAGCUUUAACAAAGAUUAAUCUAUAUUAAAUUUAUACAUUGAAUAGUGUCAUUUUAAAUUUAAUUAUUACAUUUCUGUACACGAAAAUUAAUACUACAGUUAGACCUUAUAUUUAUUUGUAACUUUAUGUUGUAUUUAUCUAUUAUUGUAUUUAGUGUACAGUAUUUGUUCUUUUUACAGUCUGUUCACUUGCCUUUAAUAAUGUAUUAGUUAGGCUAGUAGUUUCUGCUGUGGUAUCGGAAUAGUUAAAGUGGGCUAAGUAAUAAAUGCAAAGUUACCCCCCAUCCCCCAAUUUUUUUUUUUUUUUUUUUUUUUUGUGCUGAUCCGAAAAUGAUCCGAUCUGUGACUUAAUAACCAUGAUAUGAUCCGAACCGUGAGUUUUGUGAUCCGUUGAACCACUAGUAACCAACUAGUAAUUACUCAAGUAUUACCAAAUCCUUCAGAAAGAAUUAGUAAUUGUUUGGAACAGCAUUCUAAAGUGAAAAGCAUGAUAACGCCCUAGUGAUGACUGAAGUUAUUGUAAGCUUUUGAGGUUUUUGUAAGGUUUUGGAUAGUACUGACUCAAGUGUUACUACAUCCUUCUAAAGGAAUUACUGGCCAUUUGGAUCAGUAUUCUAAAGUGAAGAUCAUGGUAACCCACUAGGAAUGACUCAAGUGUUACCACAUCCUUCUAAAGGAAUGACUAAUUAUUUGGAUCAGUAUUCUAAAGUGAAGAUCAUGUUGACCCACUAGUAAUGACUCAAGUGUUACCAAAUCCGUUAGAAGCAAUUACUCUCCAAAACCUUACAAAAACCUCAAAAGCUUACAAUGACUUCAGUAAUUUGCUAGACAGUUGUCAUGCUUUUUACUUUAGAAAACUGUUCCAAAUAAUUGGUAAUUCCUUCUGAAGGAUUUGGUAAUAUUGAGUCAUAUUUGGUAAUAUUUGAGUGAGUUACCAUGAUCUUUACUUUAGGAUUAAUUAUGUAUUAUUCACAUUAAUUACGAACCUGUUUAAUGUUUUUUGUAUAAUGUUAAUAUUACUUUACUCAUUUGUUCCUGUGUAGUUAUUCAUUAAUAACGAAACAGUUUUCUAAAGUGUUACCCAAAAUUUAAUUAAAAUGAAAGUUCUUUGAAGAAGAAGACCUAUUGAUCUAUUGUAAAACCAAACGGGAAUUAACACAUCAACUGUUGUCGUGUGGGCGUGUCAACAGGUGUGUCUAUGAAUACACAAAGAUAUUUUUGUGGUGGUAUGGUGUAAAGAUGCAGGCGGGAUGCCACAAAAACGGUAUUAUCCAACAUUAUAUUGCACUGAAUAUUUGAACAUAAAUGUUUUUUUCUAUGCCAUAUGCACAGCCCUCUAAUUGGCAGUGGCAUCAAGCAUCAUUAGUAGGUGUUGGAUUCAUUACGUUAAAAGCUCACACCAGAUCAUUCCGAACUGCUUUUCAGAAAGACUUUUAAAAAAGUGCACAUGGCACAACACUUUCCAAAAGACAUUCCCUGAAAAAUUCCCAUUAUUCAGUUCAUAGGAUUUGAGCAUAAAAAUAUAAAUAUAAAUUCUUUAAAAUAAUGCAAUAAAUAUAUAAUUCUGAAAUUAACAUUGUGAUAAAUUCUUCUUAUUUUAUUCUGGUGAAGUUGAAGUGAACUUCAGCAACACUGCAGCAUAUUAGACCUAUUUCCUGAGUUGUUUCAGAGUUGGCAUUUUAAGUUGCUGGGAAUGAGGCAUAGCGAUGACCUCUUCAAAAUGGACCGUACCCAAAAAGGCAUUUAGAGCAAUUGUUCCUCUUUUUGCACCUUAGAUAAAAAUUGCUUUUCAUUUCUAAAGCUAAUUUAAAAGCUUGAACAUUUUAGCUUUAAUAUGUUUUUUUUUUUUUUUUUGUACUGUAAAAUGGUGCUAGUUCGUUUUCUGUAUAUUUUGCAUAUUUGUAGCCAAAAUCGUUUAUAGGUUUGACUGCAUUUUGUUGUGCUAAUCAUUUAGUGAUUCUUGUGUUUAAAAAAAAAAAUACACGUUUAGCCCUGCACAUGUUCCCUCAUUUUAGUAAAUCGUGGCCACCUAAUUCGUUUCCUCAUUUUGAUUGAACUAAAACAGGGGUUUUCAAAGUGUGGGGCAUGCCUACCCAGGGGGGCGUCAGAGCAUGUCAGGGGAGGCACGCAGAGUGGUAAAAAAAAAAAUGUAAUUAAUUAAUUAAUUAUUAAUCAUUUCAGUCAAUAUUAUAGCAGACAGAAACAAUACUUUAAAAAACGAAAAGAAGCAGGUUUUUGGACAAGAGAUUUUCACUCUCUGUUUUCAAUCAGAUCAUUUUAAACUGUAACUUCUGGAAAGUUUUCAGUCCAAGGAUCCAGUAAGUGAAUGCCUUCUAACAGUCAGUCGAAAACAGUGCUAAUGCAGAGAAAACCUGGCCAAUUUCAUCAGAGAUGGUGGAGAGAAUAGUGUAUUUGGCUUCAAAGCACAUCUCUUUCCUAUUCUGUGAUUGUUUUGGAGUAGCCCAAGCCAUUUUUCAUCGUGCUGUGAAAUACAGACUAAAUGGCGGCUCCCAACCGAUGUGUGAGCAUAUGAUAUGCAUACAGUACUACAUCUCUCGGUUGGAUAAAGUAAAACCAGUGUCGCGCUAGCAAAGUUUUGAUGGAUGACAAUUUUAUUCAAGGUAAAGACUAUUACAGUGACAUUCAGAAAUCGGACAUUAGGCACACGAGACGAAAGUCCAUUAUUAUUGAUGCACAGACAAACGGUGUGUGUGUACAGCGCUCUCAGUGCGCUGAUCGCUAUUGAAAAUCAGUAAAAACUGGGGGGUAGGGUGGCGCCAUUAUGUACAUUGUGUCAAAUUUGUCUGUACAUUGUGUCUUUGACUUUGAAAAACUAAAACAAAAAAACAAAUUAUUACAACGUGGCCACAAUUUACUUAAAACAAAAGAACAAAUUAGUAAAAUAUGUUGACGUAUUACUAAGUUGUGGAAAGGAAUUGUUCAUUUGUGGCCAUGGUAUACUUUUUUUUCCCCCCUCACAUGUUGUGCAGGACUCUGUAUUACAUAUAAAUCAGAGUUUUUUUUUUUUUUUUUUUUUUUUUACUAAUUUGUUAAAUUGAAUGUAUAGUGUUGUUAUUCAGUGAAUCAGGAACAGUAUUUUAGGGGGGAAAUGCAAUGAUGAUAUUGUUGUCAGUGUUGUUUUGUUUUACUAUUUCAAAUAAAUUGCUUUUCUACUUUU